CGUUCUGUGUCAAGUGCCAGUGGCUGCGUUCAGCAGAGAAAGCUGCUUUGCAACUGUUGCAAAGCAGCUUUCUGUGCUGAACGCAGCCAUUACGUGUUCUGAGAAGCGCAAAGAGUGCAACUAAAGCGAACAGAUUGAAUGUCAAACGUAUCAUGUGUAGUAAUACUAGUAAUAUGUGAAUAAUUUCGCGCGAAAAUAUUGCUGUGUCUAUCAAAGCAAAAUUUACUGAACAAAAUUUACACAAACACAGUUUAAAUAUUGCGCAACAUUAAAAAUGCCGCGGAUAACUAAUAAAAACGGAGUGAACAAUGCUAAGGAUAUAAGAUCUUACUUCGCACCGAUCGCAAAUUCCCAAAAAAAGAGCAACGAAUCUACUUCCAAACUAAAACCUCAAAAAAGACGUGUAAUUUCAUCAGACGAGGAUGAAGAAAAGUCAAAAUCAUCUGCAAAACGCUCCAAGAUUCUACAAAAGACAAAGAAAACUUCAAUCUUGUCAGAUUCUGAGGAUGAUAUGAUCAUUGACAAAGAAGAUCCUAAGCAAUCUAAAACAAAUGGAAAUAAAGAAUCACUUAAAGCUGUGUCUUCUAAUGACUUAUUUGGCAAAAAACCUAUAAUAAGAAUAGAAGAAACAAAAGUGAACAGUAAAUUACUGAAAAUGGAAUCUGAGUUUCAUAAUGAUGAUGACUUUGAUGCUGUAUUAAAUCAAUUGGAUACAUCCCAGGAUAUACAAGGUACAAAGAAAAAAAAAAGUAAUAUCGAGGAUGCAGAUAUUCCUGACAAUACUGAAGCAAUAACCAAAACAGAGGUAGAUUCUAAUGAGAGCAGAAAAAAAAAACAUAAAGGUUCCUUGGAGAAGUCUCACAAAACAAAUAAGACAAACAAAGUAAAAACAAAGAAAAUAAAAUCUCCCCAUAAGUAUGAUCAUAAGGAUGAUCUCCCCAUAAGGAUGCAUUUGAAAACUGUCACAAGUUCUCCAAAACAGAAACUACAAAAUAAGAAGGAAGAUAAUUCUAGUUUAAAUGAGGACUUGGAUACAAAUAAUAAACAUAUUGCAUCUAAAAAGUUAAAUUUCACAAGUAUGCUAAAUACUCCAAUAUCUACCUCUGCUUUACAAGACAAAACUAUUGAGAAACAAUCACCAAAUAAGAAAAAAGCUAAAGAAGCAGAUCUCUUUGAAGAAAGGAUAGAAAAGAAAAAACAGCGUGCUGUAUUAUAUGAGAAGUAUUUGCAAAGAGGUGGUGCCAGAAAUCCUGGUUCAAAGACUAUCCCUACAGGUGCUAAGAACUGUUUAGCUGGUUUAAGCUUCUUGAUCACAGGUGUCUUGGAUUCUUUAGAAAGGAAUGAAGCCGAAGAUUUAAUACGUAAUUACGGGGGUCGUUCAGUAAAUUCUAUAUCGGGUAAAGUGAAUUACGUCAUAGUCGGAGAUGAACCUGGCCCAUCUAAAUUGGCAAAAGCCUCUAGUUUAGGUAUCAAACAAAUAACCGAAGACGAUCUUCUGGAAAUGAUUCGUACAAGACCAGAAGGUAGAUCUGAAGAUAUCAAGCCUACUACGACAAAAGCAAAAUCAAACGCAAAAAAGAUAUCAAGUACAUCUGAAAGUGAUAAAUCACUAUCGCCGAAAAAAACUAAAGCACUAUCAGUUACACCUAAGAAAGAAGCUUCUCCAAUUUCAUCAGAGAAAACUAAACUUUCAGUAAAAACCAAAGUAUCAUCACCAGUACAGAAGCCGAUUUCAGAUGAAAGCAAUAGUUUACAAGAGGUAACUAUAAGUAUCGGCUCACAACCGUUAGUUGAAAAGUACAGACCUAAAUCUUUAAAGCAGAUCAUAGGUCAACAAGGAGAUAGAAGUUGUGCGAACAACUUAUAUGUUUGGCUACGCGACUGGCAUAAGAAUCGCCAGGAUCCAAAAUUCAAAGAUGCCAAUAGCAGGCAAACUAAUGGACAAGGUUUCAAAGCAGCCUUGCUAUCUGGCCCCCCAGGCGUUGGUAAAACAACAACUGCGCAAGUUGUUUGUAAAGAGUUAGGAUACGAUCUUUUAGAGUUUAACGCUUCCGAUACAAGAAACAAGACGCUUUUGAAAGAAGAAGUCGCAGGAUUGUUAUCUAAUACUACGAUGAAAGAUUACUUUACAGCACAUAUUACAGGUAACAAACAAAAAAUCACAAGCAAGCAUGUGUUGUUAAUGGACGAAGUUGACGGCAUGGCUGGUAAUGAAGAUCGCGGUGGCAUGCAAGAAUUGGUCAGUUUAAUCAAAUAUACUGAAGUGCCUAUUAUAUGUAUAUGCAAUGACCGAUUUAGCACGAAAGUGAGGACUCUUUCCUGUCACAGUUACGAUCUGAAAUUUCAGAAGCUCAGAGUGGAGCAAAUCAGGAGUUCGAUGAAGUCCCUGUGCUUUAAAGAGAAUAUCAUAAUCUCGACGGAAGAUCUUGAUCGUUUAAUCGAGUCAACGAAUUAUGAUAUUCGGCAAGUGAUCAAUCACUUGGAGUUUCUCAGCGGAAAAACGGCUCACGUAGAAACGACUGACAAGAAACAUUCUAACAAGAACUUUAAACUCGGCCCAUUCGACGUCGCGAAAAAGGUAUUCAAUGCGGCCGAGCAGAGGGAUAUGAAUUUGAAUGAUAAAAUCGGCUUAUACUUCCACGAUUAUAAUAUAGCACCUCUUUUCGUGCAAGAAAAUUAUCCCGCCGUUAAAUUGUCUCAGGCAUCACCUCUUCAGAGGCUAGAGAGGAUCGCUAGGACGGCCGACAGUAUAUCUCAAGGAGAUUUGAUCGAAAAAGUGAUGAGAAGUAGCAUGAUGUGGAGUCUGCUUCCGUUGCAUGCCUGUUUCUCGUUUGUUAUACCAGGCAGCGAAAUGUCAGGAAGUCUCGACGCGAUGGUACGAUUCCCGAGCUGGUUUGGGCGAAAUUCGAAAGCUACAAGAUUUAAUAGAUUGAUGCAAGAGUUAACGACGCAUACGCGGUUAGCCACGGGCGCAAACAAAGACGCCUUAAAUUUAGAUUACAUGGUCCAUAUACGAAACGCGAUUGUAAAACCUCUGAUAGAUAACGGCACCGAUGGUAUAGACACAGCCAUUGCCGUCAUGGGAAAGUAUCAUCUAAUGAGGGAAGACUUGGAUUCAAUGAUGGAAAUUUCUCUCUGGCCAGGCCUUCGUGACUUCACGAGUAACCUUGACAGUAAAGUAAAAGCAGCAUUUACGAGAGCAUAUCAGAAGAAUCCUCCUAUGUUGCCAUAUGCAAUUAACAGUAGUAGUACAGCAAAGAAAAGACCCUCGCAAGAUGACAAUUUGGUGGAAGAGGAAGAGUCUGAAGAGGAGGAAGACAACAUCGAUAAUCAUAAAAUGGUCAAGGUAAAAAAACCUACUGCCUCUACCAGCAAAACUGUUACAACUAAGAAAACAACUGGCGAACCAGCUAAAAAGCGUGGAAGGGGACGCGGUAAAGCAAAGUAAAAUAUCGCAAAGUGAUGCAAAUAUAGUAUCGUAGAAUGGAAUGUAGAAAAGCUAAGACAUAUUUAACAUUCAUUUACAUUUGUACAUGUCAUGAUUUACACUUGAGCGGUAUAUGUAUGAUCGUAAAAAUACAGAAAGAGGGUCAUUUGUAGAUCAUCUUUUAAAUUUAUUUUGCAUAUCGCGAUACGUAAUUAUCUUCCAAUUAAUUGAAAAUAGAAAAUAUUUUAUUCUGCAUGGAAUGUUAUUCCAAAGAUUCUUCGAUAACUCGGAGCUCUCCUCUAAUUUAUACGCAUUCUGAAAUUUAAAAAAUUAUUGAUUUGUCUCCACAUUACUGUAUACGUUUAAUAAUUUUUUGUAUUUAUAAUAUAUAAAAAAUAAAGAAAAAAUAUUAAAGAUA